GGCGCGUUAAAAUUGUUUGUUUUUGUACUUUGCUCAUCGGCAAACAGCAAGCAAACUUGAUUUCUCAGUAAUUUAUGUUUUAUUUUAUCGAAAAAUAAAAAUUUUAAUCAAAAGAAGAAUACAAAAAGAACACUCUAAAAUGCCGAAAACAAACACUUCAUCUUCUGCAAUCAAUGCCGAUAAAAAAUCGAUGAAGCCAUCAGCAACACAUCCACCCACUAAACAAAUGGUGGAUACCGCUAUUGGAGCAAUGAAAGAACGCAAAGGCUCUUCGGUGCAGGCCAUCAAAAAAUACAUUGCAGCUAAUUAUUUAGUUGAUGUUGAAAAACAUUCUCGAUUUAUAAAAAACUAUUUGAAAAGUGCCGUAAUAAAUGGUAAUUUAAUACAAACAAAAGGUCAAGGUGCUGUUGGAUCCUUUAAAUUGCCAAAAGUGGUGGCAAACAAGAAACCCAACACAAAAUCCACUGACAAGGGUGCACCUGUUAAAAAAAGAAGUCUUGUUAAACCAAAAACUUCUGAUAUACUUAAAGCCAACUAUAAGUCAAAAGGUGAUACUGAAAUAAAAUCAGGUGGUAACAAAAAAGUUGCUACUAAAUCGAAAGUUGCAGCUAAACAAAGUGUUGCCUCCAAACAAAAAGCAGGUGCCGCUGCUAAAUCAAAAACUGCCCAAGUCAGUGACAAAGCUUUGACGAAGAAAACUGGUGAGAAGAAAGGUAACAAGCCAGUCAACGUAUCAAGAAAGACUCCUCAAAAAAAGAACGUGGACAAACCCAAGGCUGGCACUCGAGGUAAUAGAAACAGUAACAUGUGGUUAACAGAUGAACAAGCAAAUGAAAUGAAAAAAAAGGCAAAACUAACAAAGUCUAAACCUAAAAGAGGUGGCAAUGGUAACCGGUACAUAUGGUGUACAAAGGAAGAAUGGGAAAAUAAAUAUAAAUAUCAAGUCUGGUAACUCUGUAAAAGAUUUUUUUUUUUAUAAAAAUGAUACAAAUAAAAAAUCAUUAAUCACAAACGAAGAAAAAAUAUAAAUAUCAAGUCUGGUAACACUGUAAAAGAUUUUUUUUUAAUGAUACAAAUAAAAUAUCAUUAAUCGUUAAA